UGUGACCCGGAGUAGCGAAUACAGGAAAUGUGUCGCUGCUGGAAGUCCUGAAGACAGAUCUCCACCAUGGCCUACCGUCCUGGGAUCCCGUCAGAGCCCAGUGCUCUUGCUCAGAGCAUCGGCACCAACAUCCAUAAGAUCACCCUACUGACCUCAGAGCUCCAGAGGGUGGUGUCCCAGCUGGGGACAGAGCAGGACAACAGCAGACUACAGCAGAUACUGCAGCAGAAACGGAAGGAGGGCAACCUGUUAGCCAAGGAGACGGAUCGAAUGAUGAAAGCAUUCAGCGCACUUCCUGCCGGCACUGAUCAGCGACAAAGGAAACUCCAGAAAGAACGUCUGUUGAACGAUUUCUCCAGCUCACUCAACCACUUCCAGAACACCCAGAGAGAAGCAGCGGACAAAGAGAGGGAGUUUGUGGAGAGGGUCCGAGCUAGCUCCAGGGUUUCAGUAGAACCACAGGAGGAAAGCUAUGGAGUUGGACCUCUUCAGCAGAGUGACUUCCAAACCCAGGCUCAGGAAGAGGCCAUCACUGAAGAUGACCUGAGGUUGAUCCAGGAGCGAGAGACUGCCAUCAGGGCGCUGGAGUCUGACAUUGUGGAUAUCAAUGACAUCUUCAAAGAUCUGGGGCUGAUGGUCCAUGAACAAGGAGAUAUGAUAGACAGCAUAGAGGCCAAUGUGGAGACGGCUGAUCUCAGUGUCCAGAGUGCCACCCAACAGUUGGCCCGCGCUGCAGAAUAUCAGCGGAGCUCCCGGAAGAAGAUUUGCAUCCUGGUGAUUGUGUUGGCCGUUGUAGCGGUCGUUAUCGGACUGAUCAUUUGGGGCUCUCUGCGAAAUUGAAGGCUUUCUUCAUCUUCUUCUGCUGCUCCUUCACCAUGGCUGUUUGAGCUGUCCUCAUUGUGGGAGGAGUUACACGAGGAUGGCCCGCCUCCUUCUUUCUCAUUGGCCGAGGCUAAGAAGGGCCAAAGGUCGGAGUGGGGUUGAUUAUUUUUCGUUUGUAAAAAAUCGGGAACAAUUUUAUUUAUGUAUCCAAAGUGGGCAAUCUUUAUUUUACAUUUGAUGUUUUAUCUAACAAUAAUCCUGGUUGAACUCCCUCAUUUCUUUUUUGUAGCACAAUCACAGUUUGUUAUAACUUUGUGUUCCGUGAAUUUAAGGUGGUAUACCAGAAUGAGAAGGUGUUGAUUUGGAUAUGAAUGCACUGAUUUUAAACAUUGUUGUUCUGUGUCUAUAUCUGUCUAGAUUUUAGAUUCGCUGCCUGGGAAGGAUGAUAUGUAAAUACAUCAAGAGUCUUUCUGCCGGACAUUUCAUUUUUGUUUCUUUUGUUUAAGAAUUUAUGGGGGAAAAACUUUAUUAAAACACAAUGACAGUAACUUCUGGAAAUUCUGUUGGAACACGUUUCUAGUUUUUAAAACUAGGCUGAGAUGGGGCGAGUUCCUUGAUUGCCAUUAUUGUAUGCCGUGUGUGGGAUUGAGUGGCAUCUUUGCUAUUCAUUAGUGUGUAAACCCAUGAAAAUGACACUUAUAAUGCGCCCUUUUAAAUCUACAAAGGGAGUGGCUCUUCCAGGGGCCCGCCAUGUUACAUCACCAUAUUGCACCGCCAUGUUUCUACAGUAGCCCAGAACGGACAAAUGGCUCUAGAGAGGAAACAUUUUUAAUUUUUUAUCAUAAUCUCUAUCUUCCUUGUAAACGAUAACCUAAAGUUGACGUGAUUUUUAUGUACUUAGUGCCACCUCACUGGCCAGUACAGGCCACCAUAGCUUCUCCAACACGGAGGGGGAUAUUCAGUUUGGUGUAAUCUGCAUUCUCACCACUAGAUGUCUCUUUAUCAUACAGGCUGCACCUUUAAGUCAAAAUGGAAUUAUUUAGAUUUGUACAAAUACAGUAAACUGAAUACUCAAGCUUAUAAACAAAUGAGAUAGUUAAAGCGACAUGGUUUCAUGUAACAAUCAUUCUGAUGUAUGUGCCUUUACCCCUAUUCUAUUAAAAACCUGCAUGUGCCAAAUUACCGCUUUUUCUCUAGAGUGUGUUUGUAGAGAGCCACAUCGAGAGAGGCCUGAUUUGGCUGUAUUGUUUACAGCAAUACAAUUUAGUUUAUUUUCAGCCUUUCAUCCAGCCAUUUGAUUAUUAAAGAACUAUGUUAUAGGCACACAAUAUACUUUUCAGCUAUACAGAUUCAAAGGUUCAUGUUAUAUCUGCCGCAAGGGGUCUCAAUCUAAUCAAUAGUAAAAGACGUAGUUUGAUGAAGCCUGAUUAAAUAUGGGAUCAUGGGAGUUGACUUCACCAGUGAAAAUCGAUCAGAAUUGACUGGGCCAACAAUCAUUAAUAUGAUGGCACAGGAGAAACGUUGAUAUGAUGGCCCAGAGCAAAUAUUCCCUGGGAAUAACAAUCAACUAGAAUUUUCAAGCAAUUUGAAAAUUGAAAAAUAGAUAUUAAGUUUGAGUGAUCUGAUAUGCAGAAAAAAAAGAGCAAAGGUUAAGAAUAAUAAUAGCUGAGCACAGCUUGCAGUGCUCAACAAAAUAUGGCUAGCUACAUAAGUAAUUGUUUAUUUAAGCCAAAUUCCAAAUCGAUUGGAAAGUUAAUAUUUUUACAGUAACGUAACUUUUAACAAAAUAAAAGCUUGCUAAUUUUAGGAAUAACCCACGUGACUAAAAUAUGACCGCACUGUG